AUGACUUGAUUGCUAUUGUUAUUUACUGACGGUAUUUUAUAAAUGUUGUGUUUAACAGCUUCUUGCAUUCGAGGCAAUUCCUAAGCUAGGAAUGGUGUUCAGAGAACCUGUUGAAGGAGCUGAUGUCAACUGCCCGAGGAUGUGCAAGUCCUCAUUCAAACGAAAUGGAAUGACAGGGGUGUCACUUUCGGCGAUAAACAAGGAAUUGUCUAACACAACCGAUAUCGACAGCAUCAUCCCCACCAGAACUCCACAAGAAGAAAGGCUCUUGGAUGACAUUUUGGAAGAUGAAGACGAUGUUGAUGAAUCUGAUAUAGUUGUGGACAGUUGGGAGAAGUGUCUGGAUGUAUGCUAUAAGGUCUUUUUUCAAGACAUGCACGACGAGGAUGUAGCUGCGCGCCAAAAACAGGCAGAAGCGAGUGAAGCUGCAGCAGGGGAUGUAAUAGAAGUAGGUGAGCAGUCGAUUCAACUGGGAGAUGUUAUGAAGUUGCUGAAAAUAACGUUGAAACUGAUGAGGACAGUUGACAAGAAGGUUGACCAAUUGGAUGGGAGAUUGGCCCCGCUUGAGGAGUUUGUCAAGGAGGCACAAGCUCUAAAAGAAGAAGCACCAGCACAAGGGAAAGCAAAGAAACAUAAACGCAGGAAGAAGUGA